ACCAUCAAUCCUACAACAGGCCAAGUUAUUACUUCUGUAGUAGAAGCAUCUGAAAAAGAUGUCGACAUUGCAGUUGAAGCUGCUACAAAGGCUUUUAAUGAAGAAUGGAUUCAUGUGGAAGGAAAGGAACGUGGAAGAUUAUUAAAUAAACUUGCUGAUUUAAUGGAACGUGAUACCGAUGAAUUAGCUGCUCUUGAAGCUUUAGAUAAUGGUAAAGCUUUUACAAUAGCAAAGUCUAUAGAUCUUCCCUUUACAAUUGAUGUUAUUGAAACCCAACAAGAUAAAUUCUGUUACACUCGUCAUGAACCAAUUGGUGUUUGUGGCGCGAUUAUUCCUUGGAAUUUUCCACUUGCUAUGCAAGCUUGGAAAUUAGCACCAGCUUUAGCAUGCGGCAACACUGUAGUGCUUAAGACAUCUGAAUACACUCCUUUGACUGCCCUAAAAAUUGCCGCCUUAUUUAAAGAAGCUGGUUUCCCAAAAGGUGUCGUGAAUAUUCUGUCCGGAUUCGGCCCUACAGCUG